UCUACAGAUAAAAUGAAACGGGUUCAUCACACAAUUAAUUAAAUAAUAUUAAUAUAUUUUAACAAAUAUUUUCUGCUAUCCCCGAUCCCGUGUGUUUAGACACCGCCGACCGGCACGACCACCCGUCUUGCACUAAAACCGGUUUCGGUUUUCUAGCUAUCGGUUUUUUGGCGGAAUGCGGAUGGCAUUAUUAUAAUUUCAAGAACAUAAUGCAAACACUUUUUUCUCUUGUUAUAGUAAUAACUAUAACUUGUCCAGUGUCCUGUCUUGUUGAUUUCCUCUAGACAAUAUAGACAGAUAUAGUAUGAACGUCCUCGUCAGCCGCAAUUCGAAAUUAUUAGUCUAGUAUAGACAAUACACAAAGAAAUAAAAAUAAUAUUAAACUCGGACCGUUCUGAUUGUCUUAAUAGUCAUACGUUGGUUGUGCUUCCUCUUACGACUUACACUUUAUUUGCUCGGUUUCCAAUACCUACUUAUAAACGAAGUACAUUUCAAAGGGGUUUUCUCGCGCCUUAGUAAACAUAAUGAACUCUGUUGUCAACAAGGAAAACGCCAAUGAUAUCAAACAGCACGAUUUACUUAAAAAUAAAAUUAUUAAACCGUCUACUCAAGUGUUGAGCGAAGUACCUAGAAACAUAUUGUCUGCAUUAAAAUCACAAGAAAAUGGACAGACUAUUUCAGAUUUUUCGGAAUCAUUGGCAAAGUACAGAACAAAAUGUGGUAUUACAAUUGAACCUUUAUUAAAAGAAAAUCCAAGACGAUUUGUUAUAUUUCCUAUUAUAUAUGAUGACAUUUGGGCCAUGUACAAAAAACAAGAAGCUUCUUUUUGGAAUGUUGAAGAAGUCAAUUUGAAAUAUGACCUUGAUGACUGGGUAAUGUUAACCGAUGAAGAACGUCAUUUUAUUUCUCAUGUGCUUGCAUUUUUUGCUGCUUCUGAUGGUAUCGUGAAUGAAAAUCUUGUUGAACGAUUCUCUCAAGAAGUUCAAGUGACUGAAGCUCGAUGCUUUUAUGGAUUCCAAAUAAUGAUGGAGAAUAUUCAUUCAGAAAUGUAUAGUCUUUUAAUUGAUACCUAUAUUAAAGACCCAAAAGAAAAAGACUUUUUGUUUAAUGCUAUUGAAACUAUGCCAUGUGUAAAGAAGAAAGCAGACUGGGCUCUUAAGUGGAUAUGUGACAAACAAGCAACAUUCGGAGAGCGACUAGUUGCAUUUGCAGCUGUAGAAGGAAUAUUUUUUUCUGGAAGUUUUGCGGCUAUUUUCUGGCUAAAAAAAAGAGGAUUAAUGCCUGGUUUAACAUUUAGCAAUGAAUUAAUCUCUAGAGAUGAAGGCUUACAUACAGAUUUUGCGUGUCUGUUAUUUAAACAUUUGGUACAGAAACCGCCUCAAGAUGUUAUUAUCCAUAUCAUGAAAGAAGCCGUAACUAUUGAACAAGAUUUUUUGACAAGUGCAUUACCAGUUAAAAUGGUCGGAAUGAAUUGUGAAAAAAUGGCAGCGUAUAUUGAAUUUGUCGCUGAUAGGUUAUUGGCCGAAUUGGGAUGUCCUAAGAUCUUCAAGUCGUCAAACCCGUUCCCAUUUAUGGAUUUAAUAUCUCAACAAGGAAAAACCAAUUUCUUUGAAAAAAGGGUUGGCGAUUAUCAAAAAGCAUCGGUUGCGAUUCCAGAUAAUUCUAAUAUGACAACAACUGGUAUUACAAAUGAAGACUUCUAAAAUCUUAACUUAUGUAAUUUAAUUAUUGGUUAUAACUUAUAAAGUUUACGACAAAAAAAAAAUGUAUUUAUUAACAGUUAAAAAAAUAAAUAAUGAAAAUAUUAAUGUUUUUUUAUUAGAUAUACAUUCACAGUCUAAUCAUAAUAUGAUUUAUAUCAUAACUUUUUUUCUAUACAUAUAUUUUAAUAAUGCUGAUUGAUGUACAUUUCACAUUUUUUAUUUUUAACUUAGUUCACCCAAAAUAUUGUUAGUAUCU